AUGGGAAAUGAUAGGAAGAUUGGCGUUGCCAUGGACUUCUCAAAGAGCAGCAAGAACGCGCUGGAAUGGGCUGUGGACAAUUUGCUUGACAAAGGUGACACCCUUUACAUCAUCCACAUCAACCCCAACUCCCUCGACGAGUCUCGUACCCAACUCUGGGCCCAAUCUGGUUCUCCUCUGAUUCCAUUGACAGAGUUCAGAGAGCCCGAGAUCAUGAAGAAGUAUGAUGUGCAAACUGAUAUUGAAGUUCUUGAUACACUUGACACUGCUUCCAGGCAGAAAGAGGCGAACAUUGUGACAAAACUGUACUGGGGAGAUGCAAGGGAGAAGCUUCUUCAGGCGAUUGAAGAUCUGAAGCUGGACUCUUUGGUCAUGGGAAGCAGAGGCCUUGGUACCAUCAAAAGGAUCCUGCUGGGGAGUGUGAGCAACUAUGUGCUGACAAAUGCUCCAAUCCCUGUGACCAUUGUCAAGGACCCAAGCUUGCAACACCAUUGA